AACUUUAAAAUCUAUUCCAUGGCCAGAGGCAAUCAUUCAGUAGUAUCUGAGUUUAUCCUCUUGGGGCUCACUGAUAAUCCAGAGCUUCAAGCCAUUCUCUUUGGUAUAUUCCUAGUCAUCUAUUUAGCUAGUGUCAUGGGUAAUCUCGGUAUGAUUGUGCUCAUCCAAGUCAGCCCUCAGCUUCACACACCCAUGUACUUUUUUCUCAACCACCUGGCUUUUGUUGAUUUUUGUUUUACUUCAUCUGUCACCCCAAACACCUUGGUGAAUUUUCUGUGUGAUGUGAAAAGUAUAACAUUUUAUGCAUGUGCUCUUCAGGUGUGCUGCUUCAUCACAUUUGUAGUUUGUGAACUGUAUUUGCUUGCAGUCAUGGCCUAUGAUCGGUAUGUGGCCAUCUGCAACCCUCUACUGUACAUCAUUCUCAUGCCUAGAAAGCUCUGUAAUCAAAUGAUUGCUAGCACAUAUGCUUAUGGAUUCACAGUGGGUCUCAUACAGACAGUGGCAACAUUCCACUUGUCUUUUUGUGGCUCCAACGUGAUCAAUCACUUUUAUUGUGAUGAUGUUCCCUUGGUUGCUCUGGCCUGCUCUGACACUCACCUCAAAGAGCUGAUGUUGUUCAUCAUUGCUGGAUUCAAUACCCUCUGCUCUCUACUACUUGUAAUAAUUUCUUAUAUCUUCAUCUUCUUUACCAUCCUAAGGAUCCAUUCUACUGAAGGAAGACAGAAAGCCUUUUCUACGUGUGCUUCCCACCUAACCUCCAUCACAAUAUUUUAUGGGACAAUCAUUUUUAUGUAUCUACUGCCCAAGUCAAGCCAUUCUCUGAACAGAGAUAAAUUUGCUUCAGUGUUUUAUGUGAUAGUGAUUCCCAUGUUAAACCCACUGAUCUACAGCUUGAGAAAUCAGGAGGUAAAAAAUGCACUGAAAAGAGUUAUAGCAAAGUUGUGUUUGGCUGUCAAAUAA